UGCGGGUCCGGUCGCCAUGGUGACCGCGGGGGGGGGGAGUCUGGUCGCUCUCCGUCAGCGGUCCCCACUCCGUCUUGUCGCUCGACUCGGAGUUCCCGGCUCGCCUGCUGCCGGCAGCAGCCUCACGCUCGCAGUCGAGCUGGGCGACCGGCAAGAGACGGAGGUGGAGGAGGAGGAGAGGGCGCCCGGGUGUAGCAGCAGUCAGCAGCAGCGGCGACGACGACUACGGAGGACGGGCGCACGCACGCACGCACUUUGUGCCCGACAAAGGGGUCGCCACCAUGGCGGCGGCGGCGGCGCUGCAGCCCCUCGAGAUGCAGGUGCAGAGCGCCCGGCGGAACCUGCUGUUCCUGCAGCAGGAGCACGCCGCCACCCUGCAGGGCCUUCACACCGAGAUCCGCAGCCUGCAGCAGCGUUGCACAGAUUUGACCUUUCAGUUGGCAAAAGUCAAGUCUGAAAAUGAGCCAGACCUGCAACAGCGCCACCAGGAGCUUGAAGCCAAACUGCGGGCACAGGAGCAGGAGAAUCGCUCACUCAGUGACCAGCUGGAGCAGACGACUGCCCACCUGCUGGCACUGAAGGCGGGCGCCAGCGAGCGCGAACGGCGGUACCUGGAGCAACUCCGCGCCAAGAGCCACAAGCUGAGCGCGCUGUCACGGGAGUUGGAGCAAAAGGGCAGCACCAUCGCUUACCUCACAUCACAGCUGCAUGCUGCCAAGCGCCAAAUCAGCGUCAACCAACCGUCCAUACAGGCCGCGGAGACGGCGAGAAAGCGCGAUAGCCAAGGCCCAGGAGUCCACGCUCGGGAAGUUGCGUUCUCCCAGAGGUUUUCUCCGACGCCGCCGCCGUCGUCUGCAAGGCAGCGGUCCGCCGAGAGCGUGCGACGGCGAUCGGUGCGAAUGAGCCCGACGGCGGGCGUCCUCGACGAAUCCGAGCUGGAAGCGACGCCGGCGGCGGCGGCGGCGGCGACGACGCGGAGGGAUGCGGGAUUCGCGUCCGUGGCGCGACGCGACGGGGACGGCAUGCCGGACCCCGCGCCUUUCCUGCUGCUGCCGCCGCCGCCGCCGCCCAGGCGUCCGCCGCCCUGCGCGCCUCUCGAGCUGCGGCCGGCGCUCAUCCCGCCCAUCUCUCCGGCGCGCACGGGGGCGCGGCCGAGGCGCCGCACGGCCCAGGCGGCGCCUCCCGGACCGACGGCGCCGGAGGUUCACACCCUGGCCGUGGAGCCGCUGAACGGCGCGAGCGUGCUCCUCGCGCGCGGAGAGACGGACCGCUCCGUGUGAGCUGCUCCCCACGAGCUCCCUCUGUCAUCCCCCCCCCCCUGCCGUUCCCGUCCCUCAUCCCCUCUAUCCCUCGCCUCGCCGCCGUGUCCCUCAUCCCCGUCACCUCAGCCUUCCCAGAUCUCCAAGAGCCGCCGUAUUUCAUGGUAAUACAACCGCAUUGCCACGCGAUUAAAAUGGCCAAUGCUAUGUGGUGAGGAGAUGCUUUUUAUUAUUACUGUGGCUUCAUUGUAGAUAGAAGGACGUUGCCACUUAAGGUGAGAGCAAAACGUGAUCUGAGAGGGCUGAGGCUUUGUCAUUUAGCAUGACCCAUGGUUAACUUUAUGCCAGUCCCUUGUGCACUUACAUCUUUUUAUACGUUUGACCUGAUCUUUGAAUCCAACGUUUUGAGUUGUUUUUAUUUUUGUCAUGAUUUUUUUCUAAUAUUUUGAAGCCGUUGCACUGAUGCCUGUUUUAAUGUUUUUCGUUAUUUUCGAUGCAGUUAGAUAAUCAACUUCUUGCGUUGGCAGAUUUGUGGGUGUUGCUAGAUGUCUUCUUUUGAGCCGUCAUAUUUUGUUACAUUGCUGUGCCUGGGUAUAUUAAGUGAGCUAAGAUUCUCAUAAGUUAACGCUAACAUCUAUAGGUAUAUCCCAGUAACCAACAUUCUGUCACAACUUCUCACAAAGGUAAAUCCUUCAUUGUGCUGGAGCUAAGGGGAACCAGGUGGAGUCAUAUACAAGUUAGAAAAUUGUUACUCCACCAAAAGACAAAUAUCUUAAAUUGACUGAAAGCUGCAGCUCAUGACUAAUUAUUUUAGCGUUCGUGUUGUUUUUAUCUGUUUGUAUUUAUUUCUGACAAUAUUAAACUCAAAGCCGUCGCAUGCUUUGCAGGUUAUAAUUGACAUUUUGGAACGCUCUCAGUACGUUUCAUCUUUCCGUCCUUUCGACGCUCACUGCAAUGUAGCAUUGAUGCCCGAUGGCCUUACAAUGCUUCCGUUCACUCCUUGCAAAGUCGGCACGCAGUGAGCUUGUAAAUAAUGGACUCCCAGGUUCCUUGCACUACCCGGGUAUCGCUAGCAAAGGCGUGAAGGGCAGAAAUUGCGUGCCACUUAAGCCCUGGCGCGGUAUGCAACGUGGCCGUUUCUCACGCCGAUUGGGAUCUCUACGCCUCCGUUUCAGCGCCCGGUCAAUCUAAUUCUUUAUUUAAGUCGACCUAGACACGUUUUUUACCUACUCAUGAUUUGCUGUAUGCUACGUAGUAAAUAAUAAUUACAAAACAUUACGAUAAUGGUGAUGAUAAUUUAAAAAUGAUUCAAAAUAAAAAGAGCCAACGCCUUA